AUGUUUAGGAUAAUUGCAUUGAAUACUGUUAAAGAAGGUGCAUUUCGACCAUUGUUGCAACCAUUGAGAGGGUUUUCUUUCACGUCGAUUGCUCUUGCGGCAAAGAUCUAUAAAUUUGAAGAUGUUAAGAAACUGGUACAGAAUCCUACAGCUACAAGGAAAUUGAUUGAUGUUAGAGAAGAAAAUGAAUUUAAUGAAUUCAGCAUCCCAACUUCCAUAAAUAUACCCAUUAAGAAGACACCCGGCGCUCUGGGUCUUUCCACCACGGAGUUCGAGGACCUAUUCAAGUUUGCAAAACCAAAUCAACAGAAUGAUGAAUUGAUCUUCUUUUGCUCUAAUGGUAAGAGGGCUGAAGCUGCAGAGGAAUUGGCAAGAUCAUAUGGAUAUAAGAAUACUGCUGUAUAUCCAGGUUCUGUAACAGAAUGGGUAUAUAAGAACGGUAAAAGCACCUAA